AAUUUCCUCAUUGUAACUCAUUGCCAGCUCGCUUCGCUGUCUUUCGCAGCCUCGUUUCCUUUUCCCAACGUGUAAAAGACAUGGAGAAACUUGGGGUCCGUUUUUAGCAGUGCUGAUUUUUUUUAACCGCCCCCUGAACGGGCGAUUUUUUAAAUAAGAUUUUUUAUUUUAUUUUAUUUUAUUUUAUUUACAAUAAAACACGCUAUCGACAUGCAAGUUUUUAAACCAAUGAUGUUAAACAGUUUAUUUUUUAAUAAUACUAUCGGCCGUGGAAAGUACAUUGCUACCAUCAGGGAUGCAAAACUGAUCGUUAGCAUGCGGUACUGUUGCGGGAAAAGUCGGGAUCUGGGAACGGCAAAAGUCUUAGUAGGUUCCUGGAAAGAUUGCAGGAGCGUGUUUGGGGUGCAGAGUGGAUUUGCCGUCAGCAGUCGAUGUGUGCAGGUCUCUUCGCAAAGCCGUAAACCAGCUGCGGUAGCGGACGCCUAUGAGCAGGCUUUCCGUAGCGCACGAGACACUCCUGAAGUCUUCUGGAGCAAAGCCGCAGAAAACAUCAGCUGGUUUGAGACCUGGAGACAAACUCUGGAUAUCGGUAAUCCAGUAUCACCGAAAUGGUUUGUCGGAGCAAAACUAAAUGUUUGCUACAAUGCUGUGGACCGGCAUGUUGCGAACGGACUUGGGGACCAGACCGCUAUUAUUCACGAUAGUCCAGUUACUGAGACAAAGUGCUUCAUCUCGUAUAAUAAGCUGAAGGAACAGGUGUCGCGGCUGGCAGGGGUCUUGGUCAGGCAGGGGGUGAGGAAGGGAGACCUGGUGGUGAUCUACAUGCCCAUGGUGCCCCAGGCCAUGUUCGCCAUGCUGGCCUGUGCCAGGAUAGGAGCGACCCACAGCCUCAUCUUCGGAGGCUUCGCCUCGAAAGAGCUGUCCGUCCGCAUCGACCAUGCCAAGCCUAAAAUAUUGGUGACUGCUACCUUCGGCAUCGAACCAGGCAGAAGAGUGGAGUACAUCCCUCUGGUGGAGAAAGCCCUGGAGCUCAGCACACACAAACCCCAAAACGUACUCAUCUAUAACCGCGACAACACGGAGAAGGUGAGGAGGCAUCCUGGCUUCACUUUGGACUGGGAGGAAGAGCUGGCCUGUGCUCAUCCUCAUGACUGUGUGCCUGUUCCUGUUGAUCACCCACUUUAUGUCCUGUACACCUCCGGCACCACGGGGACCCCAAAGGGCAUUGUGCGGGACACGGGUGGCUACACAGUGAUGCUGAACUGGACCAUGUCGGGGGUGUAUGGACUGAGGCCUGGGGAGGUGUGGUGGGCGGCAUCAGACCUGGGCUGGGUGGUUGGUCACUCUUACAUCUGUUACGCCCCCCUUCUCCAUGGCAACACCACAGUUCUGUAUGAGGGUAAGCCCGUGGGCACCCCCGAUGCCGGUGCGUUUUUCCGCGUGCUGUCGGAGCACGCCGUGACCGCCAUGUUCACCGCUCCCACUGCCAUACGGGCCAUCCGCCAAAUAGACCCCCAGGCCUCCGCUCAGACCCGCUAUCCACGCCCCAGGAUGCGAACCCUGUUCCUGGCAGGCGAGCGUUGUGACGUGGAAACUCUGGACUGGGCUAAGAGGAGCUUUGGGGUGCCUGUGCUGGACCACUGGUGGCAGACUGAGUCCGGAUCUGCCAUUACGGCCACCUGUAUUGGCCUUGGGAACUCUCUGUCGCCCCCUCCUGGGCAAGCAGGCAAGCCUGUACCAGGGUACAAUGUCACUGUGAUCGACGAUGACAUGCAGGAAGUGAAACCGAGGACUCUGGGAAAUAUUGUCAUAAGGCUCCCCCUGCCUCCGGGGUCAGCUCUGUCUCUCUGGCAGAACCAUCAGCUGUUUGAGAAACUCUACUUCACCAAGUUCCCUGGAUAUUAUGACACUAUGGAUGCGGGCUUUGUGGAUGAGGAAGGUUAUUUGUAUGUUAUGUCCAGAUCUGAUGAUGUCAUCAACGUGGCUGGCCACAGGCUGUCGGCAGGGGCUCUGGAGGAGGCCAUCCUGCAGCACCCUGCAGUCGGGGACUGUGCGGUGGUGGGACUGGAGGACUCUCUGAAGGGCCACAUUCCCCUGGCUCUCUGUGUGCUGAAAAAAGGUGUGCAGCAGGACCCUGAGGACAUUGUGGCGGGCGUUGUCAGGCUGGUCAGAGACAGCAUCGGGCCGGUGGCAGCGUUCCGGAGGGUGCUGUUCAUUGGGAGCCUCCCCAAAACUCGCUCUGGAAAAAUCCCCCGUUCUACCCUCUCCGACCUGGUGAACAGGAAGCCCUAUAAGAUCACUCCCACCAUCGAGGAUGCAGAGGUGUUCAAGGCCAUCGAGAAGACUGUGAGGGAGAGGCUGUGAUUGGCCCAGCCCAAGCCCCCCCGGAGAGACCAGAUCUGCAGAGAGGGUUAGGGUUAGCCCCACCACCGAGAGGGCCGAACGUGUAUUCAGAAAUGUGGAGGGAAAGCAUCAAAUUCAAAACACGGAGUACAUCUUAUUGGGAAAGGCAUGGUUUUACAGACUGUGAAACUGGACUGGCGUGACUGAGGCGUGUAAAGGCACAGAAGCCGUGUGCCUCUAAUGUGCAGCAAGGGAUGUGGGUUACAGUACGAUUACACUAAAUUUGCAUGAUCGCUUACUAUCGAUCAUAUCAAUGAAUGAAAAGCAAUAUGAUGAUGAAUGAAAAGCAAUAUGAUGAUAAAUGAAAGAAGAGCACUUGAGUCUGAAAUCCUCAUUAAGACCAAUGUGAGCCCUGCUAUAUUGUGUGUGUGUGUCCAAACACUUCCUGUUAGUAUUGGAAUUUUUGGACAUUGAAGCCUCUUACUGAUACUUUUUCAGAUCCAGUGUGCCCGUUUAUCGCAGAGAUAAGUGGGGAAGGGGUGCAUAUCUGUACCCAGUGGAAGCUGGGUUUUUAUUUCUCUCAGUGGUGUAUUUUAUAAAUGGGUGUACGGUGUAUUGGCCGUUUAUAUUCACUAAAUCUGACCAUUUCAAAUGUGCCACAUCACUUUGAAAUAGCUUUUUUAACAGUUUACAAAUAAAAACCAUUCCAUACCAA